AUGGCAGCUUGUGAUGAGUGGAAGAUUUUACCGAAACCUAAUCUGCACCGAGAUGUCAACAGAUUUGGUCACACUGCUGUUGUCAGUAAUGGGUCAAUGUACAUAUUUGGGGGAUUUUCAAGUGUUCUUUUGAAUGACAUCCUUGUGUACAAGCCUCCAAACUGUGAAGCAUUCAGAGAUGAAGAGCUAUGUAAGAAUGCUCGUCCAGGGAUAAGGUGUCUGUGGAACAAGAAACAUUGUGAAUCCUGGGAAUCUGGAAAUGCUAACAACAUCCUUCGAGCAAAAUGUCCGAAGAAAACAGCUGCUGCAGAUGACAGAUGUUACCGAUAUGCAGACUGUGCGAGCUGUACUGCCAAUACAAACGGGUGCCAGUGGUGCGAUGACAAAAAGUGCAUUUCAGCAAAUAGUAACUGUAGUGUGUCCGUUAAAAACUACACCAAAUGUCACGUGAGAAAUGAACAGAUCUGCAAUAAGCUGACCAGCUGCAAGAGCUGCUCUCUGCACCUGAACUGCCAGUGGGACCAGCGGCAGCAGGAGUGCCAGGCUUUACCUGCUCACCUGUGUGGGGAAGGAUGGAGUCACAUUGGAGAUGCCUGCCUCCGCAUAAAUUCUAGUCGUGAAAGCUAUGACAACGCCAAACUGUACUGCUACAAUUUAAGUGGGAAUCUUGCUUCAUUAACAACCUCAAAAGAAGUGGAAUUUGUUCUGGAUGAAAUACAGAAGUACACACUUCAGAAAAUUUCUCCUUGGGUAGGUUUACGCAAGAUCAACAUCUCCUACUGGGGAUGGGAUGACAUGUCUCCUUUUACAAACACAACUCUGCAAUGGCUUCCUGGAGAGCCAAAUGACUCUGGCUUCUGUGCGUAUCUAGAAAGAGCAGAAGUGGCAGGUCUGAAAGCAAAUCCAUGCACUGCAAUGGCAGAUGGUCUUGUCUGUGAAAAACCUGUCGUUAGUCCCAACCAGAAUGCAAGACCCUGUAAAAAGCCAUGCUCCCUGAGAACAACAUGUUCCAACUGUACGAGCAAUGGUAUGGAAUGUAUGUGGUGCAGCAGUACAAAACGAUGUGUUGAUUCAAAUGCCUAUAUAAUUUCCUUCCCAUAUGGACAGUGUCUAGAAUGGCAAACUGCAACAUGCUCCCGUGAGUACCUUAAUGAACAGUAA